CCAGUAGAAAUAGAUAUGAUUGUAGGAAAAGACCGAGAGGGUUUCUUCACCAAUGGUCUGACCCUUGGUGCGAAGAAGUGCUCUGUGAUCAGAGAUAGCCUGUAUGUCGAUGGUGACUGCACAAUGGACAUCAGGACAAAGAGUCAAGGUGGUGAGCCGACAUACAACGUUGCUGUAGGCAGAGCUGGCCGAGUCUUGGUCUUUGUAAUGGGCAAAGAAGGGGUCCAUGGAGGCGGAUUGAAUAAGAAGGCAUACUCAAUGGCAAAAUACUUGAGAGACUCUGGGUUCUAGUUGCUAGGCAGACUGUUAAGUAUUAGGGGAAGAUUGCUAUUAAACUUUCCUGGCGGUGAGCUUUAAACCUUACAUUCUGGAAACUUUAUUAGCAAUGCAGGGUGAUGGGGUAUGAACCUGUGUCUCCUUUGUAUCCCUUUGUUGGUGGGGAAAGGUGUUUUUUUUUUUUUUCUUUAAUUCUGUUCAUUUCUGUUUUGUUUCCUUGUGUACUCCAGCAUUGGUUAUAGUCAUGGGAAAGGAAGGUGUCCAUGGAGGGACACUCAACAAGAAAGCAUAUGAACUGGCUUUAUACCUGAGGAGGUCUGACGUCUGAGCAGCCUCUCCCCAUCCACCUAGCGACUCUUCACCACCACCCACUUGUGUUCAGUGCUACCAGCCUGUAGAUGGUAGUUGGUGUUUUUUAUUUACCCAUUUCCUAAUGUCAUAAUUCAGUCACCCUGUGUUCAUUUAUAUGUUAACCACUGUAUGUAACCAAGUCCCGUAUCUGGCACCAUCACUGCACCACCACGACGAUAUGCAUGAUACCUUGAAAAACUCUCGGGAGGGGCGUAUGCCAAGCGUAGGCUUUGCUUUGUCUUAGCAAUUAGUGUGAUAUUGACAACUAAAACAACUUAAACACUAAACAAGGUGCCGAUUGUACAAUCUAAUUUGAUCAAUGCCUCUUCAGCACUUUGAGCAGUGACACGGCUCGCUAGUCUUCCUUUCAUAGAGCAUGGUUGGGAGGAAAAAGUGCAUGCAUAUCUUUACUUCUGUCCCUCUCGGUUUUUUUAAAUCCACAUUUGUUUGCGUACACCCAUUUUUAUAGUGCCUGGUUUGUUUAAUCGAUUUGCCACUCGGAAGCUAUUAACAUUACGUUAGUUCUGUCGUUGCACUUCGCUGUAGGCUUGAGGUUUUU